AUGCCGCACAGUAUCGAAUCUCUCAAAGUCGUCCCGCUAGAUGGCAACCUUCGCAAGGACACCGGGCUUGGGGCCGAAGUCCAACUGUCCACAUCUAUGCCACUGCUCGAACCAUUGCUCUUGACAAUGGAAGACCAAGAACGUUUGCGACGGGCACUGUUUGAGAAUGGCGUCCUGGUGGUAAGGAAUCAACAAGGCAUCCAUCCGGACGUCUUGCCUCAACUGGCCAGAAUCUUCGACCCAAAUGCGAAAGGCAUCCAUUCUGGUGGCGCAAAACAGGUGACCGAGAAGAAGAACAUAUUAGCUCUGAACAAUGGUUCUCGAAUCCCACGUUCGCCACAAGUGAUUGUCAUUGGCAAGGGCAAUACAAAUGGUCAUGAGGGGAUCGUGGAUUUGGAGCUGAAGCACCUUGUUAGUCCAAUUGCCCAGCCCAUUCGUUACGUGAUAGUUUCUGAUCAGCCAGGACCAUACUUCUUUUCACGAGACUCCAUUAUCGCCAGAGGAGAUCGCCGCUGGAUACACGCGACCGUACAGAUGGCACAUGGACGCCCCGGUGUACGAAAACCUUCCCGGCUUCGCAACAGUCCUCCAUUGCGUUGAAGCGCCAGAAUUGCCCGAUCAGAAAAUGUCGUUUCCAACAGGCAUAGGAAUGGACAUCGCAGCGGGAGCAACAGCAUGUGCGUGACACUUUUGUUUGCUUGAAGCUUGGAUGAGCUAAUUCAAGGCAGUCUUCUCCGGUGCUCGCAAUUUCGAGCUCUUGUCUCCGGAAGAGCGGGAGUUCGCACUCAACACAACUGUUCAAUACGCGCCGAGAGCAUACGAGUGGAUGAAAGAUUGUAAGGCUACUGAUGAUGGCCUGACUAUCGCCCGUCCGGGCCGGGAGAAGGCAGAAAAUGAGUUGACGCCGUUCGAGUGGGAGAAAGUCCACGCAUAUCCAGUGAGCAAAGAGGAUACCUCCGUUGUGUCGACGUGCUAAUACUUUCGCAGAUGGUCUGGCGGAAUGCGAGUACUGAUGCUCCGCAUUUGCAAAUCCUAGGUUGCUGUGUGGAGUCUCUGCACACCAGAGAUCCGGCCAGCGGUGAGAUUUCCGUGAUCGAUAACUUGGCUGAGGUCAGGCGUAUCUGCCAUCAGAUGCAGAGCAAGAUCUACAAGCCUGAACACGUAUACGCUCAUCGAUGGAGAAAAGGCGAUCUCGUCAUUUUCCACAAUCGAGGGGUGUUGCACAGCAUUACAGGACAGCUUGAAAGCCACCCUCAGAGGAGACUGCUGUGGCAGUGUAGCAUGGCUACUGAGACGCCGCCGGAGGCAUACAGGAAGUGA